AUGGGCACUGCACACACGCAGACUUCGAAGUCAAAGAAGAAGUCAAAGCUGGAUGGGAGCAAAGAGAGGAGCCAAGGGUGCAAGUAUGACGAGACAAAAGAACGCGGUUAUUGGAGCAACCGUGAGUAUGAGACACCGUUGGACGUCUCAAUUGGCAUCGUUAGUCAAUUUGAACGUUCCGGUCGACCUCCACCGAUUAUUUCGACACCCCUUAAGCCCCCAUUCAUAUCCCCCCUGCUCGGAGCUAAGCGGAUAAAAGCCUCUAUGGUCGGGUACCCGGACGGAUGUUGUUUUUCCGAUUUGCAUGGAGAUAUGUGGGAGAAACGUGUACAUGUAAAUGAAUGUAACAAUGUAAAUUUUUUGGCGGAGUAUGGUGCAGCUGACAGGGUACAGAUGGAGCCGCAGGAAAAAGUUUUCCAAGUAGUAUAUGGCCUAGGAAUAUCGAAUGGCUCGCCACGAGCCCAGUGUGACGUGCCAGACACUCUUUUUAAUGCCCCUGGCGCAGCUCUCUUCUUCAAGCUUGUCUCCUUCGAAAUAGAGGUUUCGCUCUGA